AUGUUUGAAUUAAAAAAAAAACAUCAAAUCGAGUGUCACGUGUCGACACAUCGCCCGUGUCAAUACGUGUCAGUGUCGGAAAUGGCAUAUUUAUAUAAUUUAAAAUCGUGUAAUGUGUAUGUGUUGUGGGCGGCGUGGGUGGUGUGUGCGGCGAGCGUGCCGGCGCUGGGGCUCAGGUGCUACUCGUGCUCGUCGCUACAGACGCGCGCGUGCGCCGCCAGCCCGCCCGCGCUCGGCCUGCUGCGCGAGUGCCCCGCAGCCCCCGCCUUCUCCGCCGUGCCCCCGGGGCCGGUGUGCCGCGUCGUGUCGCAGGCGCAGCGGCUGGGCGGCGGGGGAGGCUCGGGCGAGGCGGUGGUGGUGCGCGAGUGUGCGUACGUAUGGGAGGCGCCGCUGCGCUGCACGCGCUCGCAGCUGGGCGCGCUGCACUACUCCACGGCAUGCGAGUGCGCCACCGACGCCUGCAACGCGACGCCCACCACCACCACCACCACCACCACCGCACUAGUGACGUGCUUCGUCGUCAAUGUGUUACAUCGUACA